GCAGUUUUCUCAGGCCCUUUUGUUCAAAGUUUGGGCUCCUCUAUCCAACCAACACACACACACACUCCCUCUCUCUCUCUCUCCUAUUUGUUUUGAAGAGCUCUCUCUCUCACACACACACACAACUUAAUGGGAGAUUUUGAAGAAACCCAAGCUAUUGUGUGCGAUAAUGGGUCCGGAAAUGUGAAGGCUGGCUUUGCGGGGGACGACGCACCAAGAGUGGUGUUCCCUAGCAUAGUGGGGAGGCCUAGGAACAAGAACUCUAUGAUGGGGAUAGGGCAAAAGGACACUUAUGUUGGAGAAGAGGCUCUCUCUAAGAGGGGAGUAUUGUCCCUUAAGUAUCCAAUUGAUCAUGGCAUUGUUACAGACUGGGAGGAUAUGGAGAGAAUAUGGCAACACACAUUUGAGGGGGGGCUUAGGGUCUGCACUGAGGACCAUCCGGUGCUCCUCACUGAGGCACCACUCAACCCAAAGGCCAACAGGGAGAAGAUGGUGGAGCUCAUGUUCGAGGCCUUCGAGGUCCCUGCCACCUUUGUUGCCAUUCAAGCAGUGCUCUCUCUCUACGCGAGUGGACGCACCACUGGAAUUGUGAUGGACUCCGGCGAGGGUGUCACCCAUGUAGUCCCCAUCUACGAGGGCUAUGCACUGCCCCACGCCAUCCACCGACUCGACCUCGCAGGCAGGGACCUGACGGAUGCCCUGUCCAGGAUCCUCAUGGAAGAUGGUCUUGUUUUCGCUACCACAGCAGAAAGAGAGAUUGUCAGGGACAUCAAAGAAAAACUCUCAUAUGUAGCACUAGACUAUGACAAAGAGUGGACUAAAUCAUGCGAGAGCUCAAUCAUCGAGAAACAAUACGAGUUGCCCGAUGGUCAAGUGAUAACGAUGGGAUCAGGGAGGUUUCGGUGCCCAGAGGUGUUGUUUGAUCCCAGUAGAAUAGGUGUAGAGUCAGGUGGAGUUCAUGAAGCAGUGUUCAACUCGAUCAAGAGAUGCGAUGUUGACAUCAGAAGAGAAAUGUAUGGCAAUGUGGUGCUUAGCGGUGGCACCACAAUGAUCCCAGGCUUGGCACCGCGGCUAGCCAAGGAGUUGGGCUCGCUGGCACCAGAAUCUGUGAGGGUGAGGGUGAUCGCUCCUCCAGAAAGGAAGUACAGUGUUUGGAUUGGUGGAUCCAUCCUUGCUUCUCUUAGCACAUUUGAACAGAUGUGGAUCACAAAAGAGGAGUACAUGGACACUGGUUCAUCAAUCGUGCAUAUGAAGUGCUUCUGAAGAAUCAUUUUGUUAGGUUCUUUGUGCUAUCA